GCCUGGCGAGCCGGCUACCGCUCCCAGCACCAGAGGGGGCGCGCUGGAAAGGCGGGCAGCAGACCGAGGGGGAUCCCGAGAGCGGAGUCGGACACCCCCCGGAGGAAAGAAAUGAGGUAGCGACCGACCCUGGAGCCGACCAUGCGCGCGCCCCGCCCGUGGAGCCCCGCGCCGCCCCGGCCGAGCCCGAGUCCCCGGCGUCCGGCCGGAGCGAAGAUGCAGUGAACGGGACUGCUGCGCGGGGCCCGCCGCGGCCAGCCGGACCCGCCAUCUGACCGCGCUUGGGGCAGGAGCUGAUUCUGGGACCAGCGCAGCCGAGGGACUCUCUGUCUCCAGCACCCCUUAGGGUGGGGAGCACUGGCCCCUGGGCCCUUGAGUUUCCGCGGUUUCUGGCCCCAGCCCUGGGGAUUGUGUGUGAGCGAGAGGGGGCCCUUUUCACGUUUGCCGAGGAGUUCCUGCAUAUUCUCGCACCAUCCCGGCUGCCUUUGCUGGGGGGCUCCCUCUAUUUAUUUGCACGCGCGCAUCUCUCUUUUUUUUUUUUUUUGCUAGAGACAUUUUCCGCUCCACUCUCGUUCAGUCUUUCUCUCAUUUUGCUUGCCUAAGACUCUUUGCCCUCGUCCUUGCCCAGGCUGGGGUAAAUCUGUGUGCUCUUUUUUUCUUCCCCCCACACUCGCCGCUGAAUAUUUUCUUCUAAGAAUUCUACCCCUGCCCUCUCCAGCGGGCUUCCAGAGCGCUAUACCUCCCCCACUCUCUACCACUGGGCCGCUCCCAGCGGAGUUUUAUUUUUCGGCCCGAGUCCGGCCGGGGCGGGUGGAUCAGCGGGGAUCGCACCCGGCGCUCCGCUGCCGCCGCCCAGCUGCGCGGGGGCGCCCUCCGGAGAUGCUGCCGUGGAAGAAGCACAAGUUCGAGCUGCUGGCCGAGGCGCCGCCGCGGCAGGCGUCCAAACCCAAGGGCUACGCGGUGAGCCUGCACUACUCAGCGCUCAGCUCGCUGGCGCGGGCGUGCCCCGAAGGCGCCCUCAGCCGGGUGGGCAGCAUGUUCCGCUCCAAGCGCAAGAAGCUGCACAUCACCAGCGAGGACCCCACUUACACCGUGCUCUACCUGGGCAAUGCCACCACCAUCCAGGCGCGCGGCGACGGCUGCACUGACCUAGCGGUGGGCAAGAUCUGGAGCAAGAGCGAGGCGGGUCGUCAGGGCACCAAGAUGAAGCUGACUGUGAGUGCGCAGGGUAUCCGCAUGGUGCACGCCGAGGAGCGUGCGCUGCGCCGCCCGGGCCACCUCUACCUGCUGCACCGCGUUACCUACUGCGUGGCGGACGCGCGGCUGCCCAAGGUCUUCGCCUGGGUGUACCGGCACGAGCUCAAACACAAGGCGGUAAUGCUGCGCUGCCACGCGGUGCUGGUGUCUAAGCCCGAGAAGGCGCAGGCCAUGGCCCUGCUGCUCUACCAGACGUCGGCCAACGCACUGGCGGAAUUUAAACGGCUCAAGCGGCGGGACGACGCGCGUCACCAGCAGCAGGAGCUGGUGGGCGCGCACACCAUUCCGCUAGUGCCGCUGCGCAAACUGCUCCUGCACGGACCCUGCUGCUACAAGCCGCCAGUGGAGCGCAGCCGCAGCGCGCCCAAGCUCGGCUCCAUCACCGAGGACCUGCUCGGCGAACAGCAGGAGCAGGAGCUGCAGGAGGAAGAGGAAGAGGAGCACACCGAGGGCUGCCUGGAGGAGGAGGAGGAUCGUGCCGGGGAGGGAGACCGGGCAGAGGAAGAGGCCGAGGCGCAGCAGGCGCUGGUGGUGGCCAUGCACUUCGAAUGCGGGGACUUGCUGGACACGCUGGAGAGUGGCCGCGAGGAGGCGCUGGGGGGCGGCGGGGUCUCGCUGGGCCCCGGGGCUGGGCCUCCGCCUCUGCUGCUGGGCAGCGCCUCCGACAUGAAGGCCGAGCUGUCGCAGCUUAUUAACGACCUGGGCGAGCUUAGCUUCGGCAACGAUGUGCGCAGCCUGCAGGCCGACUUGCGGGUGACGCGCCUGCUGUCUGGCGACAGCACCGGCAGCGAGAGCUCCAUCGAAGGGGGGGCCCCGGACUCCACCUCUGCCGCCGCCGGGGACCCAUCCGGCCCCAUCGACGGCGCCAGCCCAGAAGAGCCCCACUCGGGCUGAGGUCCCAGCAAUCUCCAGCGUGCGCCCCUGGCGCCCCACUGUGACUCUACCCGUCGUGUCUCUACAACCUCCUUACCCCCCGCCUGCCCCAGGAAAGGGGAAAUGGGACACUUGCGGCCCAGAGAUCCCCUUGCCCCUCUCCCUUGACACAGUUGGCUCUGUUUGAAGCGGGCUUAGGUUGCGCGUGGAGAUGUGGGGAGAUGCGCGAAGGGGCAAACCCCGCAAGGAAGGAGAAAGAGGCUGUGGGCUCGGGUGGGAGGUGGGGGAAGGGCCUGCUGAAGUUAACCAAGUCCUGGAGGCGUGAGGUGCCUGCCGGCCAGUUUCCUGUUUGUGGGGCAUCUGGGGCCUGAGGAGGAGGGGUUAACUUCCUCCCCAACCCCCUAACUGGCAGCGGCCUAGCCUGUCAUUGACAUGUCAUUUACAAAAAACAAAUGAAUUUGCUCUCACAAUAUUUGAGGCUUGAAUGCCACCUCCUUGCCCCUAGUCUUUGUGGUGCGAGAGCUUGGGUUGUUUACCUCAGACUCAGACCCUUGAAAUUCUGCCAAAUUCCUCAAAUAACUGUGUUUUUGGGGCGGGGGGCGUGGAAAUGAAGGAAAGUUGCAUUUUGUUUACAGCUAAGACAUCUAAUAUCUAAAAAAGGAGUUUUCCUUUAGAAACACACACACCUUCCUCCUGCUCAAAAGAUCUCACUCCAUGAUACUGUGUAAAAUAUUUUUGCACUGUUGUGAAGUAUUUUUGACAUUUUUUUUUGUACAUAACUGUUCUCAGAGCUGAAUGUUUAUAUCUUUUGCUGUGCAAAAGGGACAUGUAAAAUGUUGUUCAGUUGUAUAUACAGAAACGUGUAUAAAACAUUUUGUUAUUUUUUAAGAGUAGCAAUGUUCUGGUUCUGUUUGCACACCACUGGGGAGAGAAUAAAGAGGAAAACUGAAGAGAA